AUGGCUAACACAGCAUCUCUGCUGCAACUGCUGGUCGUGGUGACAGUAGCCACUGCACAGAUUCUCGGGUCGGAAGCCGGCGGCAUUUCCAUCUAUUGGGGCCAGAAUAGUGGCGAGGGCACACUCGCGGACACCUGUGCCACCGGCAAUUAUAAGUUUGUCAACAUCGCCUUCCUUCCCGUCUUUGGCAAUGGCCAGUCCCCAGUACUUAACCUGGCAGGCCAUUGCGACCCGACCAACGGUGGUUGCGCCAGCCAGAGCUCCGACAUCAAGGCGUGCCAGAGCAGUGGCGUCAAGGUCAUGCUCUCAAUCGGUGGUGGAGCAGGCGACUACUACCUCAACUCAUCCCAGGAUGCCAAGAAUGUUGCGACAUACCUGUGGAACAACUUCUUGGGAGGAAAGUCAUCUUCGCGACCUCUCGGUGAUGCAAUCCUCGAUGGAAUCGACUUUGACAUUGAGGGUGGCACACCUCUGCAUUGGGAUGAUCUUGCGAGGUACCUGAAAGGGUAUAGCAACUCCGGAAGGAGAGUGUACCUAACUGCCGCACCACAAUGCCCUUUCCCUGAUGCCUGGGUAGGCGGCGCCCUCAACACCGGCCUCUUUGACUAUGUGUGGGUUCAAUUCUACAACAACGCUCCCUGCCAAUAUAGUUCAGGAAGCACUUCAAGUCUUGAGGAUUCAUGGAAGCAGUGGUUGACAGUUCCAGCGAAGCAAAUCUUCCUUGGUCUCCCGGCCUCGCCCCAGGCGGCUGGGAGCGGGUUCAUCCCAGCUGAUGAUCUGAAGUCAGAUGUUCUCCCAUUGAUCAAGACUUCAGGGAAGUACGGAGGCAUCAUGUUGUGGUCGAAGUACUAUGAUGAUCAGGAUGGCUACAGCUCUUCGGUGAAGAGUGACGUUUGA